AUGAAAAAAUGUUUUGAAAGUGGUACAAAUGAUUCAAUUAAUCGUACACAAUUAGGUACUUUUGGAAAUAAUCCAUCAAUGAUGAAAUUAUUCGAAUUAAUACGUUCAUCAUAUCAAAUACAAACAAGUUUAUUAAAUUCAUCUGAAAUUGAUCGUUUUCGACAAUUAUUUUCAACAACAUUAUUAUCUACGAAAUCAGGUUUAAGACUUAUUUCUACACAAGAAUUUUUAUUAAAUCUUCAUAAACUAGUAAUCGUUUCAUCAUCGUCUGCUGAAACAAAAACUUCAAAUAUUUCUUCACAAAUAUCAUUAAAUAAUUCUUUAGCUUAUAUUCAUACAAUAACAAGUGAACAUGAACCUGAAGCACAUGCUUUAGCAAUAUUAGAACCAAUUGUAUAUGAUUUUUUUCUUGUUCGAGUUAACACAGAUAGUACAGAAUUAGAAGCAUAA